AUGGAGUUCAUGUCAAGCCUCCAGAAUGGCUUUGACCACCAUAAACCCUCUCUAUUUGAACUACUCUCCGAACAACAAUUAUGCGGCCUCAUUCCCCCAUCUCUACGCUACCUGCUUGCCAUAGCUACGCACCGACACCCACGGUAUCUUCUCCGCGUUCUCAAUUCUUUUGAUGAGCUAUAUGCGCUCCUCAUGCUCGCUGUUGAGCGACACUACCUCAAAACAUAUGGUGGAGGCUUCACGGAGAACUUCUAUGGCCUCAAACGAGAACGAGUAUUACGAAUCAAGGGUGGUGAAGCCCCGCGUGCUCGUCUUGGUGCACCGGGCCUACUGAGAGAAACGCUGCAGCUCCGCGAACGUGAUAUAUGGAACAAUCUAGCAAUCAUGGUUGGCCUGCCAUACCUAAAGCGCAAGCUCGACGAAAGCUACGAUAUCCACACACCGCAGGCCGCAAUAAUAGGACCAUCUUACAACCGGGAUGCUCUUCCUCAUGAUGCAACCAUUCGACAGAGGAUAUUACAUUACUACAAAUGGUUUCUGCGGAAUAUCUACCCCAGUGUAAAUGCGGCUUAUUAUUUCUCCCUCCUGGCUUUCAAUUUGUCCUAUCUUUUCGAUAACUCAAAGUACUCUUCGCCGUUCCUCUGGUUGAUUGGCACCCGCAUUCGUCGUCUUAGUGAAGCAGAUCACCGAGCCAUAGCUUUGGCUGCUCAGCCUGCCGCAACAUCUCCGUCUCAUCCUGCCGCUCGCCCCGGCCAGCAAUCUAGUAUAUUCAAUCCUCUUACCUUCGCAUCGGUGAUUUAUCCUCGUCUCCUCUCAAGUCUCAAGAUCCUUUUACCAACGUCAAUAUUUGCUCUCAAGUUUCUGGAGUGGUGGCACGCCUCAGACUUUGCACGUCAGCUUAAUAAGAAAGCUACUGAGGGCCUCGACCUACCACCACCAGUCAUCUCAGGCUUGCCUCCAAGAAGCAUCUCUCGGAUUACAAUAGCAUCAACACAAGUUUCGGGGUCGCUUUCUCCAACGUCAGCACCAGCGAAUACGGUCUCACUCUCCUCCCCACCCUCUGAAAAUCAUCAGCCGACGCCUCCACCAAUUGUCUCUCACAUACCAGCCAAGCACAGCCCUCCGAUAUGCGCCACGACCUUGCUCCCAAUCCACACCGUACCCGCCCCCAAGCCUCAUACGAGCUCUCUCUGCCCCAUCUGCUUGCACCCAAUACAGACCCCUACCUCCGCUCAAACAGGAUUUGUAUUUUGUUACACCUGUAUCUUCAAGUGGGUGGAUGGGAGCCAUGAAAGGCAGAUUGCAUUUAUGCAGGGCAGGAGAGAAACAGAAGAAGGAUGGGACGAGGGAUACGAUGAAGAAGAAGUGGGAGGGGAUGAGGAAAAGGACGCGGGAAAGGAGGGGAGUAGAGAAGGAGGGUGGGAGAGUGGAAAGGGAAGAUGCGCGGUCACCGGGAGAAUGGUACUUGCAGGAACAGAUGGCUUAAGGAGAGUCAUGGUUUGA